AUGUCUGUGAGCUCGUCAUUAUACCAACAGUCAACAAUAGCUUCACCCACAUCGCAGCAUCAUCAGCCAAGCCUGUCAGAAUAUCUCACUGAACUUGUAUCCAAACGAGUCGCUACCAUCAAGUACCUACGACGAGCCCAUGAAGGCAGCACUCAUUGGUUCAACACGAUUCUCCUUACAAAGAGCGAUCUCAGUGCCUUUUAUCCCAACGUCAAAAUGCAAAGGAGGACCUGUAACUUUUAUGUAUUGGGUGUUUCACUGGGCACUAUACUCGAUAUCACCAACACAGGGGAUUAUGUCAAGGCAUUAUCACAGCUCGUGGCAGAGUUCGAGACCCAUACCAAUGACCAUAGCAAGCAGAAAAUGAAAAACAUCUUUAGAAAAGCAAGAGGAAAAGAAGAAACCAUGGUGACGGAAGGAGGUGAUUUCACACAUCUGAUUGUACCUCAUGUGCCAUUUGAAUUGGACUACUUUGAGACGUUUUAUACAUUGACCGAUAUCCUGGUGGAUGCUUAUCAAAAACUAUUGGAAGGAUCGGAUGGAUGUACACAAGCAUACUUUGAGCUGGUUCUCAAGUGCGAUAGUAAGCUCAAGAAAAUCUUUGCUCUUGUUACCAAGGAGUUGGAUGGUCUUGCACGUAAUGCUAUCAAGGAUGAGCUCAAAUUGAUUGAUCCACUCUCACAAUCGAAUCGGAUACCACCCAUUGAUUUCGAAGGAGCCGAUGUUGUCUAA